CAACACCAUCACCACCAACAACUUCAGCAUCACUACAAUCACCAACACCAUCAUCAUCACCACCAACAACUCCCCCAUCACUACAAUCGCCAACACCAUCCUCAUCACCACCAACAACUACACCAUCACUAAAAUCACCAGUAACACCAUCACCACCAAAAACACCACCAUCACUACAAUCACCAGCAACACCAUCACCACCCAAAACUCCACCAUCACUACAAUCAGCAGCAACACCAUCACGACCAACAACUCCACCAUCACUACAAUCACCAGCAACACCAUCACCACCAAAAACUCCACCAUCACUACAAUCACCAACACCAUCAUCAUCACCACCCAAAACUCCACCAUCACUACAAUCACCAUCAACACCAUCACCAACAACAACUCCACCAUCACAACAAUCACCAGUAACACCAUCACCACCAUCAACUCCAUCAUCACUACAAUCACCAACACCAUCCUCAUCACAAUCAACAACUCCUCCAUUACUAAAAUCACCAGCAACACCAUCACCACCAAAAUCUCCACCAUCACUACAAUCACCAACACCAUCCUCAUCACCACCAACAACUCCACCAUCACUACAAUCACCAACACCAUCCUAAUCACCACCAACAACUCCACCAUCACUACAAUCACCAGCAACACCAUCACCACCAUAAACUCCACCAUCACUACAAUCACCAACACCAUCCUCAUCGCCACCAACAACUCCACCAUCACUACAAUCACCAGCAACACCAUAACCACCAUAAACUCCACCAUCACUACAAUCACCAACACCAUCCUCAUCACAAUCAACAACUCCUCCAUUACUAAAAUCACCAGCAACACCAUCACCACCAACAACUCCACCAUCACUACAAUCACCAACACCAUUAUCAUCAGUAUUGCCACCUCCAACACUACCACCACUCAUAUUACCACCAUUGUACCACUUUAUUAUUUUCUAUUAUAUUUUUGA